AUGGCCUCCUCUGAAACAGAUUAUGAUGUCGCUGCUCUGACAGCAAAAUUGAAAUCGUUCGCUCUGACCCAGACCAAGAGCGAUUCAAAGAUGGACAGCAAAACUGUGGGCAAAAUGGCUAAAGAAUGCUGGCCCAAAGCCCUCCAUCCCAGAGUGGAUUCUAGCGUCUUUCCGAAAGUGAUGGACAAAACCACCAAGUCCAUUAACCUUAACAAUGAAACUCAAGUCAAAAUGUUCAUCUCCGAGGCAGCGAAACAGUAUGAUGACGUCACUAAGAAAACCAAAGAGUUCCAGAAGCACGAGAAACUGCUGGCAGAAAAAAUCAUUGCGGCAGACUUAGGAAUCAAGAAAGCGGCAGUUUCCAAAACUGGAGGGGUAGAUAAAAUGACGGACACUUCCAAGUACACAGGAGCUCACAAGGAGAGAUUUGACGAAUCUGGAAAGGGCAAGGGGGCGGAUGGCCGGACGGAUAAGGUAGAAAACUCCGGAUACGUUGAGAGCAGAAUAGCCAAAGCAAGAGCAGCCUUCGCAAGCCUGAGGAACAUCUGGAAGUCAACAGCCAUCAGCAUCAAGAUUAAGAUCAGGAUAUUCAAGAGUAACAUCAUUGGAGUCCUCCUAUAUGGUGCCGAGUCGUGGAAGGUGACCAAAGGUAUUGUCCACAGACUGGAUGUCUUCCAGACCAAAUGCCUACGACGGAUUCUGAAGGUCUUCUGGCCCAACACCAUCAGCAACAAAGAUCUAUAUCAGAGAACGUCGACAUCACCAAUAUCUGAGAUGAUCAAGAUGAGACGAUGGAAAUGGAUCAGACAUGUCCACAGGAUGGCAGCAACAUCAAUCCCAAAGAUCGCCAUGAGAUGGACACCAGCAGGAAAGAGAAAUAGAGGGAGACCAAAGGAAACAUGGCGGCGAUCAGUAGAGAAAGAGAUGAAGGAGUGUGGAUGGACUUGGGGCCGGAUUCAGAACAUGGCAGCAGACAGACAGAGAUGGCGAUCCUCAGUGAAGGCCUUAUGUGCUUCCUAG